AAACAAAUUCUAACAUUUUCUCUGUCUUUUUCUCUGUCGCAUUUUUUGUUUACCUCUUUCUCUUAUAAGGUUAAUGAGACAAAGAAAAUGUUGUUUACCAAUUGACUCUAAUUACUUUUUCAUGUUUCCUUUUGUUAUUUUCUAAUUUAUUCUUAAUUAUUGAUUAAUUUACAUCAUUCAACAUUCUAAUUGGUUAAAUUUAUCUUCAUUUUAUCUCAUCUUUUCAUCUUUAUCAGUUUCGUUGGUUCAUCGUUAACAUUUUCUUCAGGUGAAAAAAAAAGGUUAAUUAAUUGAAGUGUUUUCAUUUUAUGUUAACAAUUAAUGGAGAUCGAUUUGAAUUACAAGGUAAACCUUAACUCUUUGAACAUCACAAUGGACCAGAGAUCAUUAACUUCGUCACAAGAAUCAAAUCAAUCAGCUGAUUUCAUCUUCUCUCAUCUGAUUAAUAAUAAUAAUCUAUCUCAAGAUAAACAUGAUCAUCUCUUAAAACAACAACAAUUGAAACACAUUAACAACAAUUAUCACAACCAUAAUUCAAAUGGUAUUUGAAUCGCCUGAAUAUAAUAUAUAUUUCAAUCAUUCCAUUGUUAUUAAUCUUGUUGAUUGCUGUUAAAUUAUUUAUCUUCAUACACGAACACAUUUAUAUAUACAUAAGAACGAUAUAUUUAUAUCAUUAUCGUAUUCAUCGGAAACGGAAAAUGUCCUCUCGAAAUACACCAACCAUGGAAACCAUUUCAAUCGGUGUACCAAUAUCACCUUGUGAUACAAUUUCUUACGCUUACCUUUGCUUGGCUUUAACUCUGUUCGCCGCUGGUUCGUUGAUAACUUUACUCUCCAUCGAGGAAAGUCACUCACUGACCAGCGCUUUUGCACGAUUCUGGUUCAUUGGACCUUUUUUCCUUUGCUGUGGUCUAAUGGUCGCACUGAAAACAUUAAUUCACAUCCGGAAGAAAACUUUGAUCGAUUAUCUAACCCGACAAACUAUUCUCGCUGCGCUUAAUCCUGAAACUGAUGGUCCCUAUUAUGGUCCCAGUGAUUUAGAAAUUGGAAACAAUUACACUAAUCAACCAUCUCCUCCGCCAUCAUAUGAAACUGCGAUCGCCAAUGGAUUUAAUCACCCGGAGAAAAUUUAUCUUUAAUUUAAUUCAUCAUUUAAUUUUGAUUCAUUUUACAACUUUCAAUCAUUUCUCGUUGAUUAUUUAACAUAAUUUAACUAAUUUCUUCCACUAUUUCAACCAAUCCGUACGCACUAAAACAAAACAAUUAGAUUGAUACUUUUUUUUGCUUCUCAAUCAAAAAUUUAACCAAAUCAAUUUCAAUCAAAAUCCAACAAUGAACAAUUACUUUGAAAUGAUUUAAAAAAUCUAAAUUAUUAUGAAUUACAUUUAAUCAAAUCUAUUAAUUGCCAUCGAGAAAAAAAGUAACUAUAUCCACAAAGGAUUAAUAAUGUGACAAAAUGACGAGAUUAAAAUUAAUCCAAUUGGCGAAAUCACUUGAAUUGGAUGUUGAUUGAAACACUAAUUGUUGACAAUUAACUAGUAAAUUCAAUCAAAUCAAUUGUAAACAUCAAAGAGAUGAUUAAAAGGAAAAAAAACUUCAA